AUGUCAGGCCCGUCGAAUAUAGCUGAUGUGUUGUCACGUUUAUCGGUAUCCGUACCCAAAGCUUUUGAUGAAGCUGAAGAACUGAUGGUUGGUGAAAUAACCUCUUCUGCUGCGCCCGCAGUCGCCCAAAAGUGGCAGGAAAUUCAGGACGCUAACAGAACAGAUGAACUGAUGACCCGAAUUGCUGAAGCUUUGGAGUUAGGUGGAGCUGACGAACUGCCGUUGCCGUAUAGGAUGAUAUUCGCUGAGUUUUGUUUUGUGGAUGGAGUUUUGUUGCGGGUUGAUCGGAUUGUGGUACCUCAAAGCCUUCAGCAAAGAGUGCUGGCGCUCGCUCAUGAGGGGCAUCCGGGAGUCCGUAUCAUGAAAGAACACUUGCGCGCGAAUGUCUGGUGGCCGAAGAUGGAUUCGCAGGUAGAACAAUUUGUGAAAACCUGUCGCGGAGGCUCGUUGAUUUCGACGCCAAAUCCUCCGGAACCAAUGAUGAGGAAGGAGCUUCCGGCUCGCGCAUGGGAACAAGUAGCAAUCGAUUUUCUGGGACCUCUUCCUGAAGGUGAACAUCUGCUAGUAUGCGUCGAUUAUUACAGUCGAUACCUAGAGGUCGUCGAAAUGAAUGAUAUUUCAAGUGCUUCCACCAUCAGAGAAUUGUUGACCAUUUUUUCACGUUACGGAAUUCCUGAAUCCCUUCGAGUAGAUAACGGUCCGCAGUUUUCGUCCGAAGAAUUCCGAACAUUUUGUGAGUAA